AGUCGAGGCGGGGAGAAGAAACCACAGCGGAACCAGCAGCACUGGGAGUCCGUCUGGGAGGUGCCACUGGUGCCACUCGUUUGAUUCCCAGUCCCACAAAGUUAAUGAAGUUGGAUUAUUUAUUGUUUCUGCGUUGCGGAUUCAGAAAGUGAAGAAAAGCCUGUCUCAAGAACCAUGUUCCACGGAAUUAUUUGGAUAUUUUGCCUGUGAUGUUCUGGCAAAACUUUUAUUGGACAAUGUCUUCGCUGCCUUUGGGAGGUUUUCCAUGGUUUAAAUGCAGGAGAAACUGUUAUUCGUUGUUUUGGACCGGAUAUAGUGUGGGCUGGGGCAGAGAUGCGUAAUGCGCAGAGAAAGCUCCAUCUUCUCUCCAAAUAGGCAGCGUUCAAGACCCGAAAAUGUCUAAGUCGGAGGUGAAGAAGGAGUCCGGUGAGUCCAGUCCGUCGGAGGCCGCCUGUCUCUGCUCUCCUCCGUCGGCCAAGAACCAGUGCGCCAGCUGCGGCAUGGAGAUCCAUGACCGAUACCUGCUGAAGGUCAACAACCUGAAUUGGCACUUAGGAUGUUUGGAGUGUUCAGUCUGCAGAGCGUCUCUGCGCCAACACAACAGCUGCUAUGUUAAAAACAAAGAAAUCUACUGCAAACUGGAUUAUUUCAGUAGGUUCGGCACUAAGUGCGCCCAGUGUGGCCGGCAGGUGUACGCCAGUGACUGGGUGCGACGGGCUCGGGGCAGCGUGUACCACCUGGCCUGUUUCGCCUGCUUCUCCUGUAAGAGACAGCUGUCCACUGGGGAGGAGUUCGGCCUGGUGGAGGGCAAGGUGCUCUGCCGCAGCCACUACGACAUCAUGCUGGAUAACCUCCGCCGGGCUGCAGAAAACGGCACAGGUCUGACUCUGGAAGGAGCGCUGCCCUCUGAUCAGGACUGCCAACCAAAACCAGCCAAGAGGGCGCGGACAUCGUUCACUGCUGAGCAACUGCAGGUGAUGCAGUCUCAGUUCGCUCAGGAUAACAACCCUGACGCUCAGACGCUACAGAAACUGGCAGAAAUGACAGGACUGAGCAGACGAGUCAUACAGGUUUGGUUUCAGAACUGCCGUGCGCGACACAAAAAGCAGCCGCCUCAGAGCAGCUUCUCUCAGAGCGCUCCACUGUCCAGGAUGCCCCCAUCGCUGCCAGACGAUAUCCACUACUCACCGUUCAGCAGCCCGGACCGACCACAUCUACUGGCCCUGCAUGGAUACCUGGACACUCAUCCCUUCUCUGUCCUGGCUGCCCCGAGCCACUUGACCCAUCCGUCCAUCUCUCUACCACAGCUUCCCAUCAGCCGCUGACCUCCUGUGUCCACUUUUUGCGGCGUCAACCACACUGAUGUUGUAAAAAAAAAAAAAAAUCCUUUGGGACGUACUGUCAGUAAUCUGCUCUGUUUGGGAUUCUAAUUGCUGGCAAAAGCGACUUUGGCGAUCUGUUUUCAAUCAAAUCGGAUUCUUUGCUGUGAGACUGCUGAGCUAAACUUGUCUUUUAAAGACAGCAAACUGUGGCGAUUGGAGACAUGUCCCGCCUCCAUGCCAACAUGGGAGUUUUUUUAUUUUGUCUUGUUUUUUAUGAUGCAGAGAAGAAGACCACUUUUAUUUUAUUUUUCCUCUUUUUGAUGGGACACAAAACAUUGCAUCAGGUCAGGAUUUUUUUCCUUAUGUUUACCCACUCAUACAAGGUAUUUUAAUUAUAUUGCUGCAAUGUGAGCUCUCAAAAAAGAAGAAAAAAGGAGUGUUGUAGCAGUAUUACAGUAAAACCUCAGCUUUUUUGGUAUUAAUGAUGAGCACAUUUGCAGGUUACUGUUGUUUGUUGUUGUGUUGUUGUCAGAAAAAUGGAAACUCUUAUUUAUUCAGAACAAAACUUCACUUUUAAAACGCACUUUUAAAUGUGUCUAGAAAUUCAGUGAUUGUACAUUGUAAAUACUGCUACAGUUUAAUAAAAAUGUAUCAGAGCUGUUAUGAAAUUGUUUGAAUA